AUGGCGCCACCUUUUAGAUUCGAUCACGUAGGAUCGCUGUUGCGACCCCAGUCUCUGUUAGAGGCUCGCUCAUCGCUGUCCUCGCCAUCUCAGAUGUAUUCGUUGGAUAUACCGCAGUCUAUUAAGAAGGCGGAAGCCCAAGCUAUUCAAGAUGUAGUACAAGAACAGUUGGAGAGAGGAGUUCGACCUAUUACAGAUGGCGAAUACGCUCGUCAUAUAUACUACGGUGGCUUCUUCGAAAAACUCUCUGGAUUCGAGGCUCAGCCAAAUCUUCCCAUCCCGGAUGCCUUCCGAACCGAUUUCCCGACGACCACGGGGCUCGCCAAGAUAGGAGCCAAGACCCGGGCCGCCGUGGUUUGCACCGGCAAGAUUGAAUACAAGGACUCCCCUUAUCUUCCGGAGUGGCUUACACUGCGAAGCAACCUGCCCCAAGAGUUGUGGCGCGAGGCAAAGCUGACCAUGCCAGCGCCCAACUACCAGCACAUACAGCUUAAACCCGGCACCGCGUGGACCCCGGGAUCGGGCUAUACAUCGGACCAGCAGUACUUCGACGACCUCGCCAAGUGCUACGCCGCCGAGCUGCAAACGCUCUACGACGCCGGCCUCCGCAACAUCCAGAUUGACGAUCCGCACCUGGUGUACUUCUGCUCCCCCCAGUUCCGGGACGGGUGUCAAAAGGACGGCACAGACGUCGACGCGCUCCUGGACCUGUACACGCGGACGCACAACACGCUCCUCGCGAACAAGCCGGCGGACCUGCACGUGGGCGUGCACCUGUGCCGCGGCAACAUGUCCGGAUCGAUGCACUUCAUCUCGGGCACGUACGAGCGGAUCGCGCACAAGCUCUUCAACGAGACGGACUACCAGACGUACUACCUCGAGUUCGACGACCUCGAGCGCACCGGCGGGUUCGAGCCGCUGCGGUUUUUGCCGAGGGGGAAGAACGUGGUGUUGGGGCUUGUGUCGACGAAGACGGCGGAGCUGGAGGACCCGGGGAAUGUUAAGGAGAGGAUUAAUGUUGCGGCGUCGGUGAUUGCUGAGGCGCAGGGGGUAAGUAAGGAGGAAGCGCUGCAGUGUCUGGCGCUUAGUCCGCAGUGUGGGUUUAGUAGUAGUAGCUUGGCGGGUGGGAAGGGGAUGACGGCGGAGAUUAUGUGGGGGAAGUUGAAGCUUGUUAGGGAUGUAGCUUGUGAAGUUUGGAAAUAA